AAUUAUUUUUGUAAUUUACACUUACCCUCGACGGCUAUCAAUUCUCAAAUGAGCGGUUUUAUCAUCCGUUCAUGGGGUUUUUACAAAGCAAAGCCCGAUAACCCGAUUUAGGCAAAGGAAUGGGUGAUCGGAGGAGCCACCACCACGGUGGCGACAGCAGCAGCGGAGAGGAAGACGGCGACGCCAAGUGGAGAGCUGCCAUUGACUCUGUUACUGUCUCCUCUGUGUUUAUCUCGUCCUUAACUAAUGGUGUUCCUGCUACUUCCAUAAACACAACUUCGAAGUUUGAUGAUGAUUUUGAGCUUAAUCUUCGUGCUCAGCCGCCCAAGCCAUAUCAAAUCAAGGCACAAAAGCUAUUGGAUAAUAUUUUGGAAACUACUCUAGAGUUGGUGGAACAUUCCAAUUCUGUUCCUUGUCAUGAUGAUUCCAAAUCCAGCGAAGGUGGAAUUCGUUUGUUUAAAAAUGCUCCAGUGGGGGUUGUGUUUGAUCACGUAGAUGAGCUUCCACGUCCCACAAAGAGGCCUAAAAUUAUACCAGGGAAAGAAAUCAACGAGAAAUCAAAGAAGUUCAAGCAGCAGCUCCGAUCCGUGGCUGUUGAAGGAGAAGACAUAAUAACUGCUGCGAAACGUGUGUGUGAGAAGUCGAUUGCUCGGCUUGAAGCUAAAGAAGCAGCCAUGAAAGCAGCAGCCAAAAGAGAGGAAGAAAGGGUAGCAAAACUGAAAAAGGUAAGAGGAGAGAAAUGGUUACCAUCAAUAGCUAGGGAAAUGAAGUUACAAUCUCAACAUUGAUAGUAUAGGAUUUAGAUAGCAAUUAGAAACCUUUCUCUAGUAUUUAUGUUGCUGCUGGAACUUCUUACGUCAAUGAAAGAAGACAAUAAAAACUGGACCAUCAAAUCGAGAUUUUCAUCAACAAUUCACAAUGCUUAUUGUGGAGAAUGAAGAUUGUUGUUUUCCUGCCCAGGAAACUCUUAUUAUAUUCUUUGUUAUUUCUCAUUAGUUCUGGGCUGGAGAAAAAGUUUAUUUGAGGUAGUUCAAUGAAUAAAUCUGGUUCAACUAUUCACUUUAA